CAACGGUACGGAGCCAGUUGAUUGGCUAGUCGCGGCGAUGACGUUCGGAGUCUUUAGGUGCACGCUGGCAGCGGAAUUCGGCGCUCACAUAAACAAAGGCACAUUGGAGGGAAGGGCCAGUCUAAGCCGACAGCUCACAGAGUGCUCUGCUGUAGCGGCACUUUCUCUUUUUGUUCCCACUAACUAAGCAGUCAUUUCUUUUGCCGCUGUUCCAGAACAACACCAACAGCACAUCUACAUGGAUAGAAAAGGACACUACAGUUAAGCCAGGACAGUUCCACGGCAUCGCGAUCUGGAUUCUUGCGUGAGGAGCCCUUUCUUUCCUGAAACCUGAACUCCAAAGAAGCACAGACACUGUCAACUUUACCGUCUUUUGUUAAAAGCGGCCAUUCAACUGAAGCCAUGCCCUGUGUUCAGGCUCAGUAUGGGUCAUCACCUCAAGGAGCCAGUCCAGCAUCCCAAAGCUACAACUACCAUAGCACUGGAGAGUACAGCUCUGAUUUCCUAACUCCUGAAUUUGUUAAGUUUAGCAUGGACCUGACCAACACUGAGAUCACAGCCACCACUUCUCUUCCCAGUUUUAGUACCUUCAUGGACAACUACAGCAGCAAUUACGACGUUAAGCCUCCAUGUGUAUACCAAAUGCCUCUCUCUGGACAGCAGUCCUCCAUCAAGGUUGAAGACAUUCAGAUGCACAACUAUCAUCAACAAAGUCACUUGCCACAAUCUGAUGAAAUGAUCCCACACUCUGGCUCUAUGUACUACAAGCCGUCCUCGCCUCCAACUCCUACGACACCAAGCUUUCAGGUUCAGCCCAAUCAUAUGUGGGAUGAUCCUGGUUCCCUUCACAGUUUCCAUCAAAACUAUGUGGCUACAACCCACAUGAUAGAUCAACGCAAGAAUCCAGUAUCACGGCUUUCAUUAUUUUCUUUUAAGCAGUCCCCUCCUGGUACCCCAGUAUCAAGUUGUCAGAUGAGAUUUGAUGGUCCUCUCCAUGUUCCCAUGAACCCUGAGACUUCUGGAGCCCAUCAUGUGGCAGACAGCCAAAGUUUUGCUGUCCCUAGUGCUAUCAGGAAGCAGACAUCCCUUGCCUUUCCUCACAGUCUUCAGCUUGGUCAUGGGCCCCAGCUCAUGGAUAACCAGGUCCCAUCACCUCCUUCAAGGGGAUCUCCAUCUAAUGAGGGUCUAUGUGCCGUCUGUGGGGACAACGCAGCCUGUCAGCAUUAUGGGGUCCGCACCUGUGAAGGCUGCAAAGGUUUCUUUAAGCGCACAGUACAGAAAAAUGCCAAGUACGUUUGUUUAGCAAACAAAAACUGUCCAGUUGAUAAACGGCGCCGAAACAGAUGCCAAUACUGCCGUUUCCAAAAGUGCCUUGUUGUUGGCAUGGUAAAAGAAGUUGUCCGCACGGCCAGUUUAAAAGGUCGAAGAGGUCGGCUACCUUCCAAACCCAAGAGCCCCCAAGAGCCUUCCCCACCUUCACCGCCCGUCAGUUUAAUCAGUGCCCUCGUGAGGGCCCAUGUGGACUCGAACCCUUCCAUGUCCAGCCUGGACUACUCCAGAUUUCAGGCUAACCCUGACUACCAAAUGACUGGAGACGACACUCAGCAUAUCCAGCAGUUCUAUGAUCUCUUGACCGGCUCCAUGGAGAUCAUCAGAGGUUGGGCGGAAAAGAUUCCGGGACUGGCUGAUCUUCCUAAACAAGAUCAAGACCUGCUCUUUGAGUCAGCUUUCCUGGAACUUUUUGUCCUGCGACUGGCUUACAGGUCCAACCCAGUGGAAGGCAAACUCAUUUUUUGCAACGGGGUGGUCCUUCACAGACUGCAGUGCGUUCGUGGCUUUGGAGAAUGGAUAGACUCAAUAGUUGAGUUUUCAUCUAACCUCCAGAGUAUGAAUAUAGACAUAUCAGCAUUCUCCUGCAUAGCUGCCCUUGCCAUGGUAACAGAAAGACACGGGCUAAAGGAACCCAAAAGAGUAGAAGAACUGCAAAACAAGAUUGUAAAUUGUCUUAAAGAUCACGUGACUUUUAAUAGCGGCGGCUUGAACCGUCCAAACUACUUAUCUAAACUUUUGGGAAAACUUCCUGAACUUCGCACACUCUGCACGCAGGGUUUGCAACGCAUCUUCUACCUAAAACUUGAGGACUUGGUUCCACCCCCGGCUAUAAUUGAUAAACUUUUCUUAGACACUUUGCCUUUUUAAAAAAAAACAAAACAAAACAAUAAUAACAAGCAGUGUCGUGUGAGGUGACUUCAGAGAACUUCCCCGUGGCAUAAAAAUGCAGCACCUGAAAAGUGCAAGGCUGCCUGGCGAAUUUGGUGACCUGAAAACCGAAGCUCUUGACUGACUUGUAUACAGACAUUUAGCUCGUGGACCAUAUUUGCAAAAAGAAUUACUUACAUGUAUUUAAAAAUGGACUUUACAUAUAAAGUGGUAUAUAUCUUUUCAAGAAACUAUUAAAAGAUUUUAUUAAAAAGAAAUCUAAAUAAAACAACAAAUCGGGACCGACCCUUCGGGGUAAAUGCCACGGUUAUUCUCGGUUCAUAAAGGAACUAUUGUUGACGCAGCAUAUUACAUUCCCUGCAAUUGCCCCCCCCCCCCCCCCCCCCUUUAUUAAUGACCAUUUUUCCUGUAUGAAGAAAUGUGCUAUAAUGUAAAAUAUUCAAUUUAUAUAUAAUAAAUUAUUGUGAUGCGUCCUAUGCGUCAGUUUAUAAGAAAGUGCAUAAAGCGUGUAAAUGACCAGAUUCAGUUUUGCUUUUAUAUUUUGUGCCUAUAUGUUUCUUUUUGGAAUCACUGAAUGAUGUUAAGAACUGUAGUGUUUGGAAAAUGGGGACACAUGUUAUGUUAGGAGCAAGAUGCUAUAGGCACUUAAUGUCUAUAAUAUAAACCUUAUCUCGGACACUAUGUAGUCUGGUAGAUUUUAUAAGGAUUGGUAGUUUGACACACGUUUUAUGUAACAGGUUAUGUGAACGUCCACAUACUGCAAACUGUAUGUAAAUAAGAAAGGAUUCAUAGUGUUUGUAAAACUGUCCAACAUUCCUUGUUUGUAUGUGUUGUAUGUACUGUUGAUGUUAAAUAUAAAAAUAUAUCUUUACUUUGUUGUCGCUAUACAUUCUGCAUGCUGCAGCUUCAGCCAUUUAAAGUAUCCACAACUCGCGUGAAAAAAAAAAGAAAAGAAAAAAAACUGAGCACUUUGUCAUUGCUUUUUUAUGUUAAAAAGAAAAGUUAACAGUUACUAUUAAUGUCUGGGUGAUGAUUUUGAUAUUUUCAUAUAGGGUUUAAUUUGUAUAUUUCAGAUUACUGUGUGCGGUACAUUACUCAAAUCAUUGCCUUUUUUUAAAUGAUGUAUCUAAACAUUAAAAGCAUUAAGUACAGUUUCCGAUAAACUUUUCUUUGAGAAAGAAAUAUUUAAUGUUUACAAAUAAAACCACUGUUAAAAUA